AAACUCGAAUUAUUCUGGCCCCUGGCGUGAUCAUGUUUUUUCGGUGAAUUCAUGUAAAAGCCGUGGUUGUUGAAAACAUAGAAAUAUUUGCUUAUUACUUUGACUAACUGAGUUAAAUUGGAAAAUACGGAUACACAAAAAUGACACAAACUUCGUUACCGAAUCCAAACACACUUUUACCUCUAGAACUUGUGGAUAAGUGUAUAGGUUCUCGGAUCCAUAUUAUUAUGAAAAAUGACAAAGAAAUGGUUGGAACUCUACAAGGAUUCGAUGAUUUUGUGAAUAUGCUGCUAGAUGACGUCACGGAGUACGAAUCAACGCCGGAAGGAAGGAAAAUCACGAAACUAGAUCAAAUCCUAUUGAAUGGCAACAAUAUUGCGAUGUUGGUGCCUGGUGGUGAAAUGCCUGGUGAUUCUUACGAAGGACAGUGAUGUUAUUCCUAUGUAGUUUAUAAAUAAAGUAUUUUUAAGCUCCAA